AUGGGACGAUGUGUGGUGACGUUGUUUUGUAUUUGUUCGGCUCUUGCCAUCGAGGGAGCGUUUAAUGAUGGCGAUCAGGUGAUGAUGUACGUGAACAAGGUUGGCCCUUACUUCAACCCGCACGAGACGUACCACUACUACCAGCUACCAGUAUGCCGGCCAGACAAGAUUGUCCACCGAAGCCUCACUUUGGGGGAAAUCCUGGAUGGUGAUCGAAUGGCAGAAUCAAUGUACAAGAUAGAAUUCAAAGUAAAUGUGGAGAAGAAGGUGCUCUGCACGGUGAACCUGUCAGCCGAGGACUUCAAGAAGCUGAAGGAAGCCAUUGAAGAUCUCUACUAUUUUGAGUUUGUUCUAGAUGGCCUGAGACUAUGGGGCUUCAUUGGGCAGCUGGAAGAAGGCUCCUUGAUCCCACACAAGCACAAACUGUAUCUAUGGACGCACCUCACCUUCAACAUUGAGUACAAUGGAAAAGAGGUGAUAUCGGCUAAUGUGACAGUGACGGACGGUGUGCCCUUGCUCCUGGAUGAGAUGGCAGCUCCGCUGGACAUCACCCACACGUACUCCGUGCGCUGGCUGCCCACAAACGUCACCGAGCGCGCCCCCCUCGGACUCUCCAAGGACGGACCUCGUGCGUUUUUCUUCCCGCAGACAUUGGAGGUCCAUUGGCUGUCUGUCAUAAAUUCCUUGGUGCUGAUCUUCUUGCUCCUGGGCUUUAUCGGUGUUAUCUUGACACGCGUCCUAAAGAACGACAUUGCCCGUUACAACUCCAUGGAGAGCAAGGCCGAAAUGGACGUGGAGGAGUAUGGCUGGAAGAUCAUCCACGCCGAUGUUUUCAGGUUUCCGCCUUACAAGAACCUCCUCUGUGCCAUUCUGGGUGUUGGCACACAGUUCCUCUGCAUUGCAGUCGGGGUGCUGCUCAUGGCCCUGCUUAGCGUGUUCAACGUGCACAACCAUGGUUCUAUGAACACCGCCAUCUGCGUCCUCUAUGCAUUAACAUCCUGCAUAGCGGGCUUUGUCUCCUCCAAGAUGUACCGUCAGAUGGGGGGAACCAACUGGAUCACUAACAUUAACCUCGUCUCCUGCCUUUUCUUUCUGCCUCUGUUCCUUGUGUGGAGUGUCCAGAACUCGACUGCCUGGGCUUACCACUCCACCCAGGCUCUCCCAGCGACAACCGUCGUGUUGCUCCUGUUAGUUUGGAUCUGCUGUGGCUACCCAUUGACCCUGAUGGGUGGCAUUCUGGGAAAGAACUGCGCGGGACCCUUCGAGGCUCCCUGCCGAGCCAAGCUGAUUGCGAGAGGAGUGCCACCUGUGCCGUGGUAUCACUCCCUGCUUGUCCAUUGCUUUGUGGGUGGCUUCCUGCCCUUCAGUGCCAUCUCGGUGGAACUGUACUACAUCUUCUCGACCGUGUGGGGGCGGGAGCACUACACGCUGUACGGCAUCCUCCUGGUGGUGGCGCUCAUCCUGUUCAGCGUGACGGCCAGCAUAGCGGUGGUGCUCACCUACUUCCAGCUCUCCUCAGAGGACUACCACUGGUGGUGGAAGGCCAUCUGCACCGGAGGGUCCACUGGUGCGUUUGUGUUCUUCUACUCGGCAUUCUUCUACUUCUUCCGCUCCAACAUGGGCGGAACCUUGCAAGCGGUCGAGUUCUUCGGUUACAGCAUCCUGACGGCAUACGUGUUCUUCCUCCUGGGCACCGUGAGCUUCUUUUCGGCGUACAGGUUUGUGCGCUACCUGUACAGCACCAUCAAGACGGACUGAUCUGCUGCUCCCCGUUUGCGCGACUGCUCUUGCUACUAGUUUUGUGGCUGCCUCCGUUGCCGACAGCACAGCGGCAGCUGCCAACUUGUUUGCUUAUGUGCAGUGUACUUUCGUGCACGAUCAACGCUGCCGUUACGCAGUUGUGUUUCUCGCGAUUGGGGCCGUGAGCUUGACUUUGAGAACUGCACUUUGCUACCCCAGUGUUCGUUGCCUGUGCCUGAUCUUUCUUUCUUCUUGGACUCUCAAGAGUGGGUCUAUUUGCAUUUUGUACAAGUGUGAAGGUAAAUUACUGAAAAGUGAAUACGAAGGAAAAACUGUACAUAUUUGAAAUCAGAUCAUUCUUUGUUGAUGCAUCACCGAGCGAUUGAAUAUGUUAUAGUGAAUUCAGUUUGCAGUGCAUAAGCAAAAUGGUUCUUGUGCAUUUUUUGGUGGUAAUGAAACUCUGCCAGCCAAAGUCCCUACCGUAGUGUUCUUUCAUGCACUUUUUCCAGUGCACUGUCGUCUUUCCACACGGUGCCAUCUUCUCUUGAAAUAGUACUCGCGAGGGUUAAAUCAGUCGUGCUGAUCUCUGGCAUAGUGGCAAUGCCUUAGUUCUGCACUGCACAAUCAUGGUAGAGUCCCUUGUUAUACUUGCACCGUGAAGUCAGUUGCGUUUUGAUAGUUCAGCUCAUGAAGUCUUUUAGUAUCUCAUGGGGCAGGUAACAAGCCUGAAACAUUGUGGCCUUUCUCUUCCUUUCCUUAGUUACUAUUGAAAGGCUCAAGCUUGGAACUGGAAAGUGACUCUGUUUUCGUAGGAACAGUCUUGUGAAUGAGUUGCAGAAACAUUGAUUCUAAUAUAGGGCAUUUUAGCGCUCAUAGCGACUUUCCUUUAGUGUCAUAGUGCACUGUUGGCUGUAAGACGUAUGUUUUGAUUUUGUGCUGGCCUCAUUGUAACUGACACACAAUGGGCUAACCCGUUUGUAGAGCUUGCCAAGAUUUACUAAUUAUGUUGCUAACAUUCGAAAUUUAUUGGAAGUUAAAAAGUUCCUAUCAUUACGAACUUUAGGCGAUAGUAAUUGAAGUGCACCAUAUUAUGAAGUGAAAGACAGCAGAGCUAUACAAGAUGCCUCUUAUUUCGGUGUUCACUCUCUUGCUACUUAACUCGGUGGUAAAGGGAAAGUGUGUUUGUUUUGCAUUGUCAUUAUUCUCUCAAUACUUUGUGCCCAUGCAAUCGUGAAAGUGUAGCUGGUUUCAAACCAUAUACAAUGAGGUGCAAAGUUGUUCAGAACUUUAGACUGUAUUGUGGUCAGGGCCAAUCCUUUAAGUCAAGUCUGUGAACACAUGGUUCACCUGUAUGGUCUUGCUCUAAUCGCAUAGUGUCUCCAGAAAUUAACUUCAAACGUUAUCGGCACUUAAUUUCGCACAUCUUUUUACUUUUUGCUUCACGACGGAACUUUUGCUGCAAGUCGGUGCAGCCUUGUAUUAUUUGGGGCUCGCCAUUAAGGCUGCAUUUGAAAAGCCCCAGGUUUCUUUCUAUAUAGUGCGAGCAUAGAACUUUCACCGAUUGGCUACAAUUAGUAACUGCGAAAGGUAUUGCAGACAGUUUAUGUAAUGUUCACAUUCCUUUCAUAAGAUGUGAUGCGGGACAAAUAGACAUCACCCUUUGCUAGCUCAUCUAGUUACUAAGGUGCAGGAAUGGUACUAAUUAUAAUAAGGCUUUCACUUAGCAGGAAAUUAACUUGCUAUUUUAUAAUGGAGAGUGAGCCUUACCUCUUUCUAACUUGUACAUAAAAUGUCUUCAUAAGGAAGCUGAAAGCCCACUUUAUUGUCUCAUUUUUAUACUUCUUUCUCACUUCUCCCUUUUCCUAAUUAGUGAAGUAAAAGCAGGACAAUUUGAAGUCUUUUCAUUCAAGUUGACAAAUAAUUGAAUUACAAGGCUGUUGUCAGUAAAUUUGUAUGUUUAUUAACAUGAAAAAAAUGACACCCAAACGUAACUUCUAACAUCGCACCCACAUAUCACCAUAUGGAAAAAAAAAAAACAUGUGACAUUGCACAAUGCUUCAGCAUGCCUUAAAAAUUUAGAAAUAGUGCAAUUACCAGUUUUACAGUACUAAGCAUGCAAAAAGACGAAACUAUGAAGCAGCCGGCUUUCGCAUCCUUUGCAGAUUGUACCUGUAAAACACGUUCAGCCCCUACGACCGUCGUUGAGUGGAGAACAGGCGGUUGAGCUGACUUGGGCUGCCUGCAUGUAAACACAGUGCCGACAAUGUCCCGUCCAGCAGCGUGGCAAGACUUACACUGUCGCACGGGUCAUUAGGCACCGUGUUCAAUGGAGUUUGCUUUAGUUAAAAGCCCGUUGUACUCAAAAUUUUAGGCCCCUCUGUAGAUCAAAUCGAGGCUCCGCUUUCACUGCAUAUUCAUUUAAAGUGCGAACUAAGCAGUGGCACCAUAAAAAGAAUGCUGCAGCGCGAGCGCUGGUGACCUUCUGGUGCCCUCGUUUUGUUUCCUUCUUGGGGUGCAGUGCCAUGACAUUUCUCUGGUUCGAAGAAACACUGUUUGUUAACCUUUCACUUCAACGCAAUCUGUGUUCUGAAACAGGCAACUCAGUGUUGCCAUACCGCAUCUGUAAAGUUUCUUUCACUUCUUUUUGGCAGUGCAUGUUCUUUGGUUGACUCGCGUAAUAUCGGUCGUAUUUAGUGCAAUAUUGCCUACCGUCGUACUGUUUCUCGUCGUCAUGCUGCACACACACACUCACUUGCAAGUUUUGAGUAGCACAGAAUGCAUUUUUUCGAGUCGGUAGGUUUCUCUUCUUAUUGAUUGAUUAGGUGUAAAUGGCGAAAGCUGGUUCAGCUGCUAUGUCUUCCCGUUCGUCUGCCGUGGUGGUUCUGGUCAUCCAAAGGCUUGAGAGAAGACGAAGAGCGUUGCGAUUUUUGAGGCCUUUGAAUUGCAGAAGAUACUGUAGUCCACAGCAUAAUUAGAAGUAUUUUUUUAACCCGUCAAGAGGCAACCCCAGUCUCUUAAAUAUGAAGUGUUACAACAGUUAGGCACGUAAUGCCAUUCAUUGUUUUGUGUUAAGUGUAUUUUAGCAUACGUAGCACAGACAACAGGUGACUUUUCUCUAUGUUCCAUCUGUGAUUUUGGGCAUCUGACCUAAGUUAUGCAGUACAGGCUGUGCAGUCCAGCAUAAAACCAUGCUUCUUUGUUUCAUGGUUUGUGACUGAUAUACACCUAACCAAGUAGCACCAAUGUUGCUUCUCAAUCUUUUCCAGAAAAUUGAGUUGUGGAUCUCCAUAUAGUGAUUAUCUGGGUGGCUCUAAAGUGUGGAAAGCCUGUUUCCUGGCAGGCAUUUGUUCGCAUGAAAUGUGUUUCUUGCUGCUUUAGUAGCCAAAAAAAGUACUACUCCCAACCUGUAAGUGCAAAUAAAACUUUAUUGCUUCGAGCUCCAUCACAAAUUAACCGUCCUCCCCAUUUCUGACGUAGCUUGUGCCCUUAGCAUCCAUCAGUAACUCCCUGACCAGUUACGAAGCCAACCACAUAUGCGAACCUUUUGCCGAGUUAUUUAUAAACAGUCAUAUAAACAUUCAUUCAUAGGCAAAACAUGCUGUAGUGUAUAAACUUGACCAAGAUGUUUAGAAGCAAAACAAGUUCAAUCUAUUCCGCUACAGUCGCGAGUUUCAUUACCAAGGUUCCCUAGUGUGCACACUGUUGUAAUCAGUGGUGUUUUAAUGUUCGUCACCUGAGCACACUUGAAGAACUAGUCACAUUAUGGAUCGAGUGAAAUGAUCAGGCCAUGGGCAUGUCAUGCGUACAUGGUUAUAAGAUGCGCGUGUGAUUUUGACGUAUAUUCGGGCAGUUGUGUUCACUUGUGCAGUCACUCAUUUUGCUACUUGUUGCGCAUGAAAGCAUGCGUGUUUACAUGGGAAUGUUGCGUUGUUAGCGUGCUAGCUAAUUGAAAAAAAAGAACUGUGAAAGUUGUGUUUCUUGAGCUGCUGCCUUGUGGUUUUAUGUACUGAUGACUGCAUGUUUAUUUAUUGUAUGUUUAGUGGUAAUAAAUUAUGUUUUUGUUUGCACAAA